GUGGGAGGGUCCAUAUCCUGCAGGAGCUCUUCGGCAUCGGCACCAAAAGAUGGGAGAUCCUUGUGUCGAGGAGGUGAUGGAGGAGACCCACAACGUGUCCCAGGAGGCAAAGGGCGUGGCCAUGGAAGCUUGUCUCUUUCAAGGGAAACUGGAAGGAGCGGUUGAGUAUCCGACCAAGACAAUCCUGCCGAAUAGCAGCAAGCAUGUAUGAUACUAGAGGAUGAUACGAAGGCCACUUACAUCACUAAUCUGUGCUUUAAUUCUGCUCUAGAGAGAGCAGCAUCUGUGAUGAUACCAUCUAUAGGUUGGGAGGCUAUAUGAUGUCUUGAAUUUGGCCGAGACGCCUGGCCAUGGCUACGACCUCUCGGGAGAGCUACUGAUGGGAGAUCCUAGUGUCGAGGAGGUGGCGGAGGAGACCCACGAUGUGUCUCAGGAGGCAAAGGGCGUGGCCAUGGAAGCUUGUCCCUUUCAAGGGAGGCUGGAAGGCGAAGACCACUUACAGCACUAAUUUGUUCCUUAAUUCUGCUGUAGAGAGAGCAGCAUCUGUGACGAUACCAUCUAUAGGUUGGGAGGCUACAGGAUGUUUUGAAUUUGGCGGAGACGCCCGGCCUUGGUUACGAAUUGUCAGGCUAUUGAGCCAAGCGAGAGCUAGAUUCAGUUGCUGCUACUGGGCUUAUGCUAAACAUGGAGCCAGAAGAGCGUCGAGCCUGCUCGCAGCAAAGGCAAGGCACAAUGGCUGUGAUGCGGGCUCAAGGUGCGCGCCUAUGGCCAUGGAGCGGACAAGCUACAGAUUAUUCAUUCAUCCUUGAACUAAACGAACGUGCUGAUGUGUGUAAUGUAAAAUCGGCUCAAGAUGUUUGAUUUGGACGUGUAAUGUAUUUGCCCAGAAUUGAUUGUGUCUUGUUAUUUGAAUGUUUCCCGUAGUGUGCACAUGGUAUUGUGUCAUUAUUUCUAAAAGUAUAUAUAUGUUGUGUUGCUGACUCUGGGAGACGGCUGGUAAGCAAUGUA